AUGGAUUUGGACGAAGUGAACCAAAUUUUGACCACCAAUGUGUGGGUUGAGUUGGAGUGGACCGAUUCCAAGCUUAUUUGGGAACCUGAGGAUUUUGGUGGAGUCACGGCUCUCUUUAUCCCCUCGGAACAACUCUGGCUGCCCGACCUACUGCUUUAUAAUAAUGCUGAUGGGACUUACGUGAUUGAUAUAAUGACCAAAGCUGUGGUCUUUUACAAUGGGACAGUGAAGUGGACACCGCCAGCCAUUUUCAAGAGUUCAUGUCCUAUCAACGUUCAGCACUUCCCCUAUGACAUUCAAGAGUGCUCAAUGAAAUUCGGUUCGUGGACGUACAACGGACAUGAAGUGAGCUUGAAACACAUCACACAGAAGCGCAUUCCCGAACACGAAGGCAACGUGCAUAUCGACCACGCUAUCAUCCUGAAGGACUUCUAUCCCUCAGUGGAAUUUGAACUUCUCCAGGUGUCCGCCAUUCGGCGUGCCGAAUACUACACCUGCUGCAAGGAUCCCUUCAUCGACGUGACCUUUAAACUAGCACUGCGACGAAAGACCCUCUUCUACACCAUCAAUCUCAUCAUCCCCUGCGUGGGUAUUGCUUUCCUCACCAUCCUCGUCUUCUACCUGCCCUCGCAGAGUGGUGGAAAGAUCGCCCUAUCCAUCAAUGUGCUCCUUGGAUUGACUGUCUUUCUCCUCCUCCUAACUGAGUCCAUUCCUCCCACGGGUUUAGCGAUGCCACUAAUUGGAAAGUACCUCCUCUUCACAAUGGGCCUUGUCUCGCUCUCAAUCCUCAAUACGAUCUUUGUGCUUAAUUUGCACAACGGGACACCGAGUAGACCAGCCCCGGUGAUUGGUAUACGCGGUGAAAGCUCGACUUGGCGAUUUGUGACAGCUAAAAAGAUCAGGCCCGUCCCUCAGAACACCCUGUUUGCUGAACGUCGUCUUAACAGUUUUAUCCAGAAUUUGCGCACUCUAGCCGAACACUUUUCAAAACUGGAGGAAAGAAGGCGGGACAUUGACGCCCAGUCGCGAGGUUUGAGUCGUAUUCCCGCCUCCUCUCUGAAAGCAACAUUAAACAACAUAAGUAUUCCAUCUGGGCUUGCAUUUUAA